GUGCUUUUGUGCCAUCGCGGAAACAAGUCCCACGAGACUGCCAGACAACUUGCUGACGCUCUAGAACGAAUUCUUCCUCGAACUGGAUCAAGCGCUGAUCUAAAUUCUCUUGUAAACGGUGAUAACGUUGAAGACAAAGUUGCUGUUUUGGUCCGUGACGUCGCUGGUGGUCUUCAAGCAUGGAGCGAACAGGUUGACAACAGAUUUCCUACAUAUUAG